UCUGGGCUGCAUUGGGAAUAAACAGGAAAACGCAGAUGAGGCAAAUGAAAGGGUGAAAAAACUUAAUUCAUCGUUAUAUCGCUUCGUGUGAACCAGUCCUCGUUUUGAAAGGCAAAUAUCUUAACUAAAGGGACAGGUUUCGAUGGCUACUUCCUGCAACACCACGCAGGCCUGCGCUGGGUCCUAAUGCCACACACUGAUUAGAGAGAUGGAGGCAAAUAACCAGUACAACUUUGGGGGCCACCCCCCGGUGUCAGCAAACUCAGGCCUGAAGCCGUCCUCGGGGGAGUCCCUCUAUACCAAUGGCUCUUCCAUGACCUUCUCUCAGCAGGGAAAGAAUCUCAAUGGCGACUUGAAUGUGAACGGCAUCACUACUGUAGCUGGGACCAGCGUGGCUGGCCCACACCCCCCCACCUCUUACUCUCACAUGAGCGGCCACCACCAGCACCACAGCAGCCUGGGAUACGACUACCUGUGGGGCCCGCCUCAGUACAGCCCCGCCGCGGGUGCCGGGCGGGGGGCCGCCAUGCACCACAAGCAGGGCCCCGGGGCCGCGCUGCAGCAGCACUUCCAGGGCCACGCCCAGUACCAGGCCAACGGGGGCCCGGUGCGCUCCCAGCACGCCCUCGCGCCGCCCCCGCCCAAUGUCACCUUGACGGGGGGUCAGUACUGGAGCAGGGGCAGCCCCGCCCAGCAGCACAGCGGUUCUGCCAUGGCGGCAGGCUACGGCUCGCACGGCGGGUACGGGGCCUACCAGGGUCAGGUGCACCCCGGCAUGGCCCCCGCCCAGCAUCACCGGCAGCAGGUCCACCCACAGCCACACCUCCACCACCACCACCACCAUCAGCAGCAACAGCCACAUCAGCAGCAGCAGCAACAGCAGCAGCAGCAGCAUCAUCAUUAUGGCAUGGUUCCUAAUGGCAUGUCGUACUACCAGUUCCAGGCUUCGCCCCACUCACAGGCCCCUCCUCAUUCUCAAGCCCUACCCCAUUCUCAGGCCCUACCCCUGUCACAGGCAUCACCCCAUUCUCAGACCCUACCCCUGUCACAGGCAUCACCCCAUUCUCAGGCCCCGCCCCACUCACAGGUCCCACCCCAUUCUCAGGCCCCGCCCCAUUCUCAGGCCUUGCCCCACUCCCAGACUCCGCCCCACUCCCAAACUCCACCCCACUCCCAGACUCUGCCCCUCUCACAGGCCCUGUCCCACUCCCAGACUCCGCCCCACUCCCAAACCCCACCCCACUCUCAGAAUCUGGCCCUCUCGCAGGCAUCACCUCACUCACAGUCGCUAACCCACUCCCAGACCUCGCCCCACUCCCAAACUCCACCCCACUCCCAGACUCUGCCCCUCUCACAGGCCCUGUCCCACUCCCAGACCUCACCCCACUCCCAAACCCCACCCCACUCCCAGACUUUGCCCCUCUCACAGGCCCUGUCCCACUCCCAGACUCCGCCCCACUCCCAAACCCCACCCCACUCCCAGACUUUGCCCCUCUCACAGGCCCUGUCCCACUCCCAGACUCCGCCCCACUCCCAAACCCCACCCCACUCCCAGAAUUUGCCCCUCUCCAGCCUGUCCCACUCCCAGACUCCGCCCCACUCCCAAACCCCACCCCACUCCCAGACUUUGCCCCUCUCACAGGCCCUGUCCCACUCCCAGACUCCGCCCCACUCCCAAACCCCACCCCACUCCCAAACUCUGCCACACUCACAGGGCCUGUCCCUUUCUCAGGUCCUGCCCCACCCCCAGACUCCGCCCCUCUCCCAGGCAUCUCCCCACUCUCAGACUCCACCCCAGUCGCAGGCCCCGCCCUCGGCUCAGUUCCCCCCGCUGUCGCAGAUAAUGCCCCCGACCUCACAGAGCUUCACCCCGCCUCGCCACAGCCCCCAGCACCACAGCGUCAGCCGAAUGGCCCCUGGCAGCCCCCUCCCAAUGCAGGCCUCUCCUGUGCCCGUAAUGCCCCCCUCGAGUAGCCCCCUUCCCGUGCAGGCACCCCCUGUGCCCAUCAUGCCCUCUUCCAUGCGGGAGAACGGGGCCUUGGUUCGAGAUGGCCCCCUGGGGCGCUCCAGCUCCCAGCCUGCUGGCUCCCAAGGGAGUUUGAAUGAGAUGUACGAUGGCGUGGACAGCAGCUACGGCCGGGUGGAGAGCGUUUCGGCCCCCCAGCACCCGUCCCAGGCGGAGGGGUUCUCUCACAGGCUGGCCGCCUUUACCGGCGGGCCGCCAGGGGACUUUGGGCAGCGGGCCCAGCUCUUCCCCUCUGACCCGGUACACCUUGCGGCCCGGCGGUACAAGGAAGGAGAAGCGCAGAGGGACUCUGGUCCUGCGGCUGUUCCCGCCACUUCCGUGGCGCCCGUUGCUCCAGCGAUCUCCGCUCCCUCUUCAGCUCUACCGGCUACCGCCACUUCUGCGCCGCCUGCCCCUCCAGCGGGUCCCGCUCCCUCUGCGCCGCCCGUGGCUCCAGUGGUUCCCGCUAAGUCUGUAGCACCCGUCGCUCAAGCGGUUCCCGCUAACUCUGCGGCGCCUGUGGCUCCCGCGGUUCCCGCUAAGUCUGCGGCGCCUGUGGCUCCAGCCGGUCUCCUCUCCCCUGUUCCUCAAACUGGCCCUGCUGCUGCGGCUAAGUCUGCUCCAGCCGUGGCACCUGCUCUUCCUCUGACACCUGUUCCUCCAGCUGCGUCCGCCGCUCCCUCGGCCCCUGCUCGUUCUGCGAGUGCUGCUCCUCCUGUGGUGUCUGCACCACCCGCAAGUUCCGCUCCUCCUGCUGCUCCUCCUGCUGCUCCUCCUCCGCUAAUCCCAGUGGAAACCAAGUCUGAGCGGGCCAGGGUCUUUCUCUCCAAGAACCCCCCUCCUCCUGAUCUUUCUGCCAACCAGGAGGCCGUGGGCCUUGGCCCCUGGGAGAAGGGGGCGGGGCCUGUGACUGUUCACCAGCGUACGUCUCCUCUGAUUGGCCGGGUCUUGGAUGCGGGGUCAGGGGCGGGAGAGUGUGCGGUUGGACCUAGGAGCAGCGAGCCAUUGCCAGCCGACCGUGGGGGCACCCCCUCCCUGGCGGGGCAGCAUCCCUUCGGGGACGUCCAGGCACGGGAGACUGCCGCCACGGAUGACACGCUCGGAAGCGCCUCUCAUGCCGAUAGCCCAUUGGCCGACGAGAGCUGGGUCACCGAGGACUCCGAAGAGCCUGACGAGACUCGGAGUGAGGAUGUGUUGGACAAAGGGGAAAUGGCGGAAAUGGGCUCUACGGCAGAGGAUUCCCAGGCAGACUGUUCCUCUCUUCUGGAAGAGUCCUUCAACAAGUCCUCCCAGAGUGCCAUCUCCGUAUCCUCCGCCUUUGACAGCUCCACCUCCCCCCACUCCGCCUCUGACGCUGACGAUUCCCGUGAGGCAGAGGAUUUGGGGGGCCAGGAUGCCCCUGAUUCGGCUCGGGGGGGCUUGGUGGUGCAGCGCAGUGGUGCAGGUGGGGAGGAGCUCCCAGUCAAAGACACGGCCCUGACACCUCCUGCACCCCCGGGCAGCCGCUGCAAACUCCCCAACGCUGGAACACCUGUGGAGACUGCCCCCAAGACCCGCACCCUCCCUGUGCACGUACCCCAGGAGUCCCCGGUUUCCAGGGGCAGGUCCGCAGCAGUAGAGGGAGGGGUCCGAACCACAGAGGAGAGGGAGAGAGGGGUGGAGAAGAAAAAGGUGAAGGCAGCAGGAGCUGCCUCUGAGGGUAGGGCGGCCGAUCCUGCUAAGGGUCAACCCACCCAUCGCCAAGAGCCAAUUGGCUCAUCCCCUGGGCCUGGCCCCUCCCACCAACCCAAUCUGGCCACUCCGAAACCUCGGAAAAGGGUGAGAAAAGAAGAGAAGGUGGCAAAAGAAGCGAAGAAGGCAAAAAAAGAAGAUCUGAAAAUGAAGAAAGUCCCGGCCAAGGCAACGGUCAAGGCAACUGCUAAAGGAACGGCCAAGGGGGCCCCAAAGGGGACCGGGAAGGGCUCGGCGAAAUUACCCAAAGCUCCGAAGGUGGAGGCUCCACCGCAGGAGGAUGAUGAUGAGGAUGAGGAUGAAACCACAGCCAAUGGGGAGGUGCAGAGGAGGAGGAUAGCGACGGAGGAGCAAGUGAAGUUCCCUCUGCUGAACGGGUGGAGGCGGGAGGUCCGCGUGCGGAGGUGCGAGAAUCGGCUGAAAGGAGAGACCUGGUACUACAGCCCCUGCGGGAAGAGGAUGAAGCAGUUCCCCGAGGUCAUCAAGUAUCUGAGCCGCCACCCCGUCACCGUGGUGACCCGGGAGCACUUCAGCUUCAGCCCCCGCAUGCCUGUGGGCGACUUCCUCGAGGAGCGGGAGAUGCCGCAGGGUGUGGAAUGGGUCCUCCUGGCAGACGAAGAGGUGCCCUCCAUGAUAAUGGCCAUUACGGGCAGGCGUGGUCGUCCCCCAAAUCCGGACAGGGUGCGUCCCCGUCCCAGGCCCCGUGCUCGUGCAAGCCAAAACCAGAAGGGCCCCGCUCGCCGCCCUGGGAGGCCCCCUAAAGAUAAGAUGGCAGACCUGCUGCUGAAGAAACUGGAGGUGCAGGAGACGCUGAGUGAAGAAGAGAAGGAGAAGCUGAUUAAGAUGAUGAAGAAGAUGCGACGAAAGGCCCGGAACAAAAAGAAGGAAGAGACCAAGAUUAAAAAGGUUCGACAGGGGAAGCGGAAAGCCAAGGUGGAGAAAGGCAAGGAAGCCAAGGAGCAGGAAGAGAAGGAGGGUACCCCAGAGACCGGCACCCCCAAACCGGUGCCCGAGCCCAAGAAGCAGAGGCGGAGGAAGAGGGCGAAGGCGGAGGAGAAGGCGGAGGAGGUGGUGCCGCCGCCGCCGCCGGAGAGAGCGAAGAGGGGCUGCGGGGCGCGGAGCAAGGCCAAGGCUCUGGCCAAGGCCAAGGCGGAAGCUGAGGCCCAGGCCGCCGCCGCAGCCGCCGCCAAGAGGCAGGCGGAGCGCCGGGCCCAGGCACAGCGCCGCCUGCAGGAGAGGAAGAGGCAGCAGCUGCUCCUGGAGGAGCUGAAGAAGCCCACGGAAGACAUGUGCAUCACCGACCACAAGGCUCUGCCCGUGUUCUCCAGGCUGCCGGGCCUGAUGCUGUCGGGUCGAGCCUUCUCGCACUGCCUGGCGGUGGUGGAGUUCCUGCACAGCUAUGGGAAGGUGGUGGGCCUGCAGCUGCCCCGGGACCUGCCCAGCCUGGCCACCCUGCAGGAGGGGCUCCUGGGCCUGGGCAACAGCCAGGGGGAGCUCCAGGACCUGCUGGUGAAACUGGUACAGGCUGCCCUGCGUGACCCUGGCCUGCCCCCUUAUUACCAGUCGGUGAAGAUCCUGGGGGAGAAGCUGGCGGACCUGGAGCUGAACCGCAGCAGCGUGUCGGAGGGCCUGCGCGUGUUCCUGGAGGCGCGCGGGUUCGAGGCCGACGUCUGCAGCAGCCUGCGCUCCAAGCCCUUCCAGGCGCUGCCCCCGGACGCCAAGGCCGCCAUGCUGGGCUUCCUGGUGGACGAGCUCAACAGCAGCAACAUCGUCAUCAGUGAGAUUGAUAAGACACUGGAGAACAUGGCUAUCUACAGGAAGAACAAAUGGGGUAUUGAAGGCAAAUUGCGCAGGCUGAAGGCGGCGCUGGCGCGGCGGACGGGGCGCUCGGAGGUGGAGCUGUGCCUGGAGGAGCGGAGGCGCAGUGCCCGCGUGGCGGAGGAGGAGAGCCUGAGCCUGGAGGAGGGCGUGGUGCUGGAGAGGGGCAGCCGCCGCGCCCGCCGGGAGGAGCCCAAACUCAGCGAGGGAGAGAGCCCCACCACCGCCAGUGUCCCUGAACUGGAGAGACAGAUCGAUAAGCUAACCAAGCGUCAGGUAUUUUUUCGUAAGAAGCUGCUUCAGUGCUCCCACACCAUGCGGGCGGUGUCGCUGGGCCAGGACCGGUACCGGCGCCGAUACUGGGCUCUGCCUCACCUCGGGGGAGUGCUGGUGGAGGGAGCAGAGGAGAUCCUGGGGUCAGGAGAUGUGCUUGUGAAGGAGGAGGAGGAGCCCCAGGUCCCGGCUGAGCCCCCCGUUUCGCCUGUGAAGACUGAGCCUGCGACGGACCUCGCCGUGUCCGCGCCCACCGCCGCCCCGUCCCCUCAGGAGGAGGACCCUCUCCCCGGCACGGCGUCCCUGAUGAGCAGCCCCCGGGGGCGGGGCCGGCCCCGCAAGAUCAAGCCGGAGGUGGAACUCCACCUGAGAACCGCCAAAAACCGGCGGCGGCGACGCAGCAGCAAGGCCGGGGCGGAGGAGUCCCCCGCCGGGGGCCCGGCCAGCCAGAACGGCUACGACGUCACGCAGUCCGCCUUCCUGGCCUGGCUCAGCCAAUCCCAGGGCUCCAUUCAGGGUUCGACAGGCGACGGGCUGCCCGGGGCGUGUCCACAGGACGGCGACAGCGUGAAGGAGAUGGCGGAGAAGCAGGGACAGUGGUUCAACCUCCUCCCCAAAACGCCCUGCGACGGCUCCUCCCUCUUGCAGUCCCCCCUCCCGAACUCCGCCUCCAAAGACCAGACCCCGCCUCCUGGCCUCCUGCCCAUCUUCGCCGUUUCUCCCCUACAGUCGCGUCUGCUGUUCUCGGCCCUCAGCCCUCAGGUGAGCUCCACCCCUGUCCCGAAGCCGGGCGGGAGGCGGAGGAGGGCCAGCGGGCCCUCCCUGACCCCCACCGACCCCUCCGCCCUCGGCUACUCCAUCCCCGGAACCAAGCGGCGCGGCCGGCCCCCCUCCAAACUGCUGCAGGAGAUCGAGCAGAAGUACUUCACCCAGCUCAUCCCACGGCCCAUUCCCACGGGGAUGGUGCGUGGGUGGUGGUGGAUCAGGAAGCCGGAGGAGCUGUCGGCCCUGGUGGAGGCGCUGCACCCGCGGGGCAUUCGCGAGAAGGCCCUGCACAAACACCUGUCCAAACACAGCGAGUACCUGGCGGAGGUGUGCGCCGGACCCAUCAGCGACCCCGUGUUCCAGGAGAGGGCGGAGCCGGACCCCGCCCUGGCCCAGGCCGUGCAGGAGCCGUGGGCGGAGACGGCGAAGGCCAUGGAGGCGGAUGUGAGGGUGCUGCAGUGGGUGGAGGACCUGGAGCAGAGGGUCAUCAUGGCAGACCUGCAGCAGAAGAAGGGUCCGCAGAUGGAGAGGAGCGACGACGACUGUAGCGCGGAGUCCGCUGCCCCAGAACCUCAGGGCUUCAGCCUGCCCGAGCCCGACUCCACCCGGACGGACCUGGAGUACCACCAGCACGCGGUGGAGGCGCAGGACGACUGGAUCGUGAAGACGAAGCGGGAGUGGUCCGGCUUCCUGCGGCUGCAGAACAACCCGCUGGACCUGGCGGUGCUGCGGCUGGCGGCGCUGGAGUGCAGCAUCGAGCGCCGCUACCUGAAGGAGCCGCUCUGGAACCUGGCCGAGGUGGUGCGCCUCGCCCCCCUCACCCCGCCCCCCGGGGACCAGCCGCCCGCCGAGGUGGAGAGUGUGGAGAGCGAGAUCACUCCUCGGCUGCGGCUGUGGAGGCAGGCGCUGGAUCGCUGCCGCAGCUCCUCCCAGCUCUCCCUGUGCCUCCUCCAGCUGGAGCGCUCCGUCGCCUGGGAGAGAUCCGUCAUCCGAGUGACCUGCCUGGUGUGCCGGAAAGGCGACAACGACGAGUACCUCCUCCUGUGUGACGGCUGCGACCGCGGCUGCCACAUGUACUGCCUGCGCCCCAAGAUCUCCCAGAUCCCCGAGGGGGACUGGUUCUGCCCCGUGUGCGCGCCCAAGGAGAACGGGGACUCCCAGCGGCCGCGCCGCACCCCCAAACGGAAGUCCUGCAUGCAGAAGAGGCUGGUGGAGGGCUACGGCUCGGGGAGCUCGGACGAGGACCCCAGCCCCCGCAGGGACCGGGGCAUGGCCACGCGCCAGAGGGACGGCUCCGCCCCCUCCCACGCCCGCUUCUCAGGGGAGGGCGCCAGCUCCGCCUGCUCGCCAUCCAAACGCCGGCGCAUGGUCACCCGCAACCAGCCGGACCUCACCUUCUGCGAGAUCAUCCUGAUGGAGAUGGAGGCUCACGCGGACGCCUGGCCCUUCCUGGAGCCUGUGAACCCGCGGCUGGUGCCCGGGUAUCGCCGCAUCAUCAAACACCCCAUGGACUUCCUCACCAUGCGGGAGCGCCUCCUACAGGGCGGCUACUGCAGCUGUGAGGAGUUUGCGGCCGACGCCCAGCUGGUGUUUGAUAACUGCCAGCUGUUUAACGAGGACACGUCGGAGGUGGGCCUGGCCGGACACGCCAUGAGGCGCUUCUUCCAGAGCCGCUGGGCGGAGUUCUACCAGGACAAGGACCAAUAGGGGCGUGCGGGUGCGCGAGGGGGGCGGGGCCCGGGGACUAGCGGCCCCGCCCCCUCCAGACAUUUCCUGUUGCUACUAAAACUGCUGCGCGUGGUCCCCCAGGGCUUCACGGCGCCCCCCUGUGUACAAAUGUAUAUUUAUAUUGAUUUCUUUUGUGGUGUUUCCAAACCAGCUGCGUUUUGCUGGGCUCACAAAAACACUUCCACGCUCCGCUGUAUUGAGAGA